CCAGCUCAAUGCUUUCCAUGAUGAAAGAGGCAGGCAGAGUAGUUUAUUACACGUGCGUUUUGUUUAAUAGCUCGUUGUGAAUGUUUUAUUAAGAUACCCCGGGAUUACUCACAUCACUCGUCUGAGCUGGAUUGGAUAUAAGAGAGCACCUGUCAACACAGCCCUAAGGAACUAUUAACCUAUGCUGUUCCUCUGAGUAGUGGAUCAGUAUGUCCUCGUUGGCUGCUGUCCCAGACCCCCCGAUGACGUCCUACCUCACACCUCUUUCAUGCCUUUAUGGCAGCGCUUUAACCUCAUGGAGAAGAACUGACUGAUGUUGAAAAUGCACAGGCACUCUCCCCCACACAAACACACAAAGAAUCAUUUGUGCUUUAGCAUCACAUCUGCAUCGAGGUCUUUACUGGGAGAAUUGACGAUUGUUUGUUUCUGCCUUUCACGGUUCUGACUGAGGCCGAGCAUGUGAUAAGUUGCAUAAUGGAGCCAGCAUGGUUUCUCCCAUUGCUGCUGGAAAAGUGGAGUAUAAAAAGCCUGUCUUUGUUACCCAUGGUUGGAUUAUGAGUUCUGCAGGUUCAAGGAAGGUGGAGACCCUCACAGGCCUGAACUAGACUCCACUAUCUUAAAUAUUAUGGCCUCAGGCCAACCAUACUGGGAUCAACACCAUGACCAUGACACCAUGGAUAAGCUGUUUUUUGGAUUUGGUUCGGAGUCCAUGGACCACAGCUUGAGAAUGUAUCAACAGAACUCUGCAAAUGUGGGCUUUGAAAGAAGGACGUCUGGCUCUUGUUCUCCUCAAUGUCUAUCUCCCAAGACUCCCAAUCCUACACAGCUGCUGUUUUCCUCUCAGUGCCACCCACCUGCGGGAGACCAGGUGGUUCCGUCCUUACAGAAACUGUCAGUUUAUGAACACAUACCCCCUUGUUCGCCCAAGAGAACAACUAAGCCCCUCCCACCCCUCCCGGACAUGGGCGACCUGUCCUCUGAUGAAGCAGAAGACAAUGAGGUGGAGUUUUUUUCCAGCACCUCUGAGACCCAGUGUUUAGUGCCUAAAACCUCGUCUUUCAUGUACAGCUUACCAGGGAGGCGCAGUUUUCGGGGAAAUGGUCAGAUAAACUUUGCAUAUCAUGAAGGGUUUCAAGAACAUCAGUGCGGGGUGAAGCCUCAGUGGGAGCAGACAGUAACCCAGAACCAAGACAGACCCCAGCGCCAGCUGCAUCGCUCCUAUUCUGGCCCUGCCGGAUCCUUCAAGGCCACAAACUUCAGGCCAACCAGCCUUCACCAUACUCCCCACAGCCACCCGCAGGAGAAACCCGAAGUCCCACCUCGCAUCCCAAUCCGUCCUUGCUUAAGUGAGAGCACAGACAGCAGGCGGCUGUCAACCGAUGACUUUGAUACAGACAAACCACCCAAAGUGCAGCCCAGGGAGCCCGUCCCUCAGGUCAUACCACGUACCAUUAGUCCAAAAAGUCUCCCGAUUUACAUCAACGGGGUAAUGCCUCCUACUCGCAGCUUUGCUCCCUAUCCGGAAUAUGUCAGUAAGACUCAACACAAGCAGAGCUGUGAGGGCUUGCCAGAUCCCCGGAGCCCCUGUAUUCUACCCAUCAUGGAAGAUGGGAAGCAAGUCAGCAGUACCCAUUACUUCCUCCUCCCUCAUCGGCCCGGAUACUUAGACAAGUUUGAGAGGUUUUUCAAAGAAUCGGACCUUUAGUGGUUAUUAGUUAUUGAGUGUUAGAAUCUGAAGUUGUUUGCAUGUUUAAAGUGGAAAUACGGAAGGCUGGAUAUAAACAUAUGUGGUUUGACUGAACUGAUUCAUCAGUGUUACGAAUUACUGGUCUGUUUAGGGAUUGGAUAAGUAUGUCUUUGGACUACACGCAAAGAAAAACAAAGUAUUGGUUUACCACUGCUGGAAACUGCAGAACAGUUCUGAAAGUGACUUUUAUUGGUAGGGAUGCACGAUUACUCAAAAUGAAGCUGAAGUUGGGAUUUUGACUUGAACAAAACAUUUUUCAGUCUCCCUGUGGUUUUCUGCCGAAAUAAAAUCUAUGGUAGAUUGUUUAACGGUUGAAAAUAAGAUACCAGUUAAGCCAUAAAACUUAGUAUCGUAAUUUUACAGUUCUUUAAAACAAAUGUUAGUAAUAAAUAUUCUAUUUUACAGUGAACUAUUACAAUAGUAAUAUUUCUUGCUUGUAUUAUUGGUCUUAUUAUUUAGUCAUAUUGAUAAGCACAACAAACAUGGAGGUUUUUUUAAAUUGAAUUUUAAAUUAGAAAUAGGUUUUUUCCUCCCUAUUGUGCUGCCCUAUUUAUUGAUGUCCAUGUUCUUUGUUGUAUUAUUUCCUUGCUGUAUUGAUAAAUUAGAGUGUGCAGUAUACUUUUAUGAAGGAAUAGGAUGAACUGUUACACUGUUAACACUGUGUAACCAGAAUAUAAGCUGCUUUUAUUUUUCCUUCUCUAAAUCAUGCAAUAGUAAAGGUGAAUGUUUUUUUUCCUAAGACAUUAUAUACCAACAGUAUAAAUUCAGAUAUUGCAUUAAGGACUUUCCCCAGGGGUUAGUAUUCUAGUCUUCAAGUGAAGAAUGCAUUUUGCUUUCUUUUUUGACCUUUCAAGAUGUGACGCAAAUAAAAUAAAAAUUUAAAGACUGGCAAAUAGAUUUUUUUAAAGACUGGCACUUCUAGUUGCAUUUAGCUAAGUGCAAAUAGAUUUAUUUGUGUUAAAGCAUUUUUCCUUCGUUCACGUCUGUUACAAAGUCAGAAAUGCCACUACCUUGCCGUUUGGUGUCCAAAUGCAGGACACUUGGUGUAAAUGGGUAGUUGGUGAACUUGUAUCCUUAAGCUGUUAACCAUGACGUUAUAGAAGCCUAAAACUGGUCCUUGCCUUGUUGAAAUGCGUUUUGUACCAAACGUUGAGCACACUUGUUUUUGUGAUUACACUUUUUAUAAUCUCGACAUUAUCAGACCUGUAACUGUUUAUGUUUUCAGCUACUUCUGUUUUGUCCAUUCAACAAAAUGACUUUGAUAUUUUCUGUGUGAAGGCUCAUGUUGAGUGACUUUGUUUCAUCUGCUGAGGAAACAAGCACGUCUAAAAUGUACAGUAUUGGUGUAUUUUGUUCACACCAGACUAUUUAAAUAAAGUAACUUAUUUAUA